AUGGUCGUUACGUGUGAGAUUAGCUUCGAUAAUAAUAGAGAUGGCACUUUCUAUGCCGGGCAACUGGUGAGCGGAUGUGUGACCUUAAAAUCGGAUAAAAUUAAGGAGGUUCAAGCUGCGUUAGUCAAAGUAGUUGGCUACUCUAUAACCAAAUGGAGCGAAAGGAAAAUGGCAACAACAAAACUCUUUGCUGGCAGAGAAGAGUAUCUAUCAUCGCAGACUUAUCUCUUGGGAUCAGAGCAGAGCAACGACAGACAUGUCAUACAGGCGGGUGUGCAUUACUAUAACUUUGCCUGCCAGUUGCCCUAUCAGUGUCCGUCGUCCUUUGAGGGUCGAUAUGGCUGCGUACGCUAUAUAGUCAAGGUGUUGCUAAUCAGACCUUGGAAAUUUGAUCAAGCCUAUACACAUGGCAUUACAGUACUCAAAAUGAUGGAUCUAAACUGCGAAACACCACAACUAAAACGAGCUGCCCACAGUGAAAACUACCGCACCUUUUGCUGUGGACCCUGCAAAACGGCACCCAUCAAAAUGGAGCUGAAUCUUCCCCAGGCAGGUUAUGUGGCCGGUCAGCAGAUUCCUGUUACAGUCGUCGUUAUUAACAAUAGCAAUGUGGCCGUCUCUGAGCUGAGACUCUCACUCGUCAUGCUGGUGCGAUACUUCAGUGUGACACCCGAGCAUUCACGAGUGGAUCGAAUUGUGAUAUCUAAAGCCAAGGGUGACUCUGUACUGCGCCGCUCAACGCGAUCCCAGACCAUCGAUAUGGAUGUGCCUUGUACACCGCCUACAUGUCUCACACUCUGCAAUCUAAUACAAAUCGCCUAUCAGCUGGAAGUGGAGGCAUUGAUCAACAGUCUACGAGAGCAGCAACUAAUUACCAUGCCCAUUACGAUUGGCACUUGGCCACUGGGAAUGGGAAUGGGCUCGUUAAAUGGUGUCGUACAGCACCAGCCACCACGACGUAGCGAUCGUUAUGAGGUUCCAGUCAAUGAGUUGCCUGUGAUGUCGGCUAUGACGAACGAAUUGAGACAGAAUUCUCGAGAUAUAGCUCUGCCAAAGUACGAGGAGUCAAAGCACACGCUUCGUGGUAAUAUCAACGAAGAGGAACUCCACGCCUUCGGUUUGAACGAAUUUGCACCCUUAUAUCCCGUUUACAGCAUUCCAAGUCCAGCGCCGGUUGUUUCUUCUAAUAGUAUGAAUAGUGGGUUCAUCAACCAAAGCUUUGAAAAGUAAAACAAUGCUUUUGAGGAUAUUAGCUAA